GGGCGGCAGCGGGGGCGAGGGGGCCUCCCCUUCACCACCCUCCUCUUCUGCGGGCAAAACCCCUGGCCUGGGCAGCAGGAACUCCGGAAGCGGCGUUGCGGGGGGCGGCAGCGGUGGCGGAGGGACCUACUGGAAGGAAGGAUGUCUGCCGGCGGGGGCAUGCAGGCGGCGGCUCCCCCUUCGUCGCAGCCGCACCCGCAGCAGCUCCAGGAACAGGAAGAAAUGCAGGAGGAGAUGGAGAAGCUACGAGAGGAGAAUGAGACUCUCAAGAACGAGAUCGAUGAGCUGAGAACCGAGAUGGACGAGAUGAGGGACACUUUCUUCGAGGAGGAUGCCUGUCAACUGCAGGAAAUGCGCCACGAGUUGGAGAGAGCCAACAAAAACUGCCGGAUCCUGCAGUACCGCCUCCGCAAAGCCGAGCGCAAAAGGCUCCGCUACGCGCAGACUGGGGAGAUAGACGGCGAGUUGCUGCGCAGCCUGGAGCAAGACCUCAAGGUUGCAAAGGAUGUAUCUGUAAGACUUCAUCAUGAGUUGGAAAAUGUGGAAGAAAAGAGAACAACAACAGAAGAUGAAAAUGAGAAACUGAGGCAACAGCUCAUAGAAGUUGAAAUUGCAAAGCAAGCUUUACAGAAUGAACUGGAAAAAAUGAAGGAGCUAUCCUUAAAAAGAAGAGGAAGCAAAGAUUUACCAAAAUCUGAAAAAAAGACUCAACAGACUCCUACAGAGGAGGACAAUGAAGAUCUGAAAUGCCAGCUACAAUUCGUUAAGGAAGAAGCUGCUUUGAUGAGAAAGAAAAUGGCCAAGAUUGAUAAAGAAAAGGACAGAUUCGAGCACGAGCUCCAGAAGUACAGAUCCUUUUAUGGAGACCUGGACAGUCCUUUGCCCAAAGGAGAAGCUGGGGGGCCUCCCAGCACCAGAGAGGCUGAACUCAAGCUAAGGCUGAGGCUGGUGGAGGAAGAGGCCAACAUCCUGGGUAGAAAAAUCGUGGAAUUGGAGGUGGAGAACAGAGGCCUGAAGGCCGAACUGGACGACCUGAGGGGCGAUGACUUCAACGGCUCGGCCAACCCCCUCAUGAGAGAGCAGAGCGAGUCCCUGUCGGAGCUGCGGCAGCACCUGCAGCUGGUGGAGGAUGAGACGGAGCUGCUGCGGAGGAACGUGGCGGACCUGGAGGAGCAGAACAAGCGCAUCACUGCGGAGCUCAACAAGUACAAGUACAAGUCGGGCGGCCACGACAGCGCGCGACACCACGACAGCGCCAAGACCGAGGCCCUGCAGGAGGAGCUGAAGGCGGCUCGCCUGCAGAUCAAUGAGCUCAGCGGCAAGGUCAUGCAGCUGCAGUACGAGAACCGCGUGCUCAUGUCCAACAUGCAGCGCUACGACCUGGCCUCGCACCUGGGCAUCCGCGGCAGCCCCCGCGACAGCGACGCCGAGAGCGACGCGGGCAAGAAAGAGAGCGACGACGACUCGCGGCCGCCGCACCGGAAGGGCGAGGGGCCCAUCGGCGGCGAGGGCCCCAUCGGCGGCGAGAGCGACUCCGAGGAGGUGCGCAACAUCCGCUGCCUCACGCCCACCCGCUCCUUCUACCCGGCGCCCGGGCCCUGGCCCAAGAGCUUCUCCGACCGGCAGCAGAUGAAGGACAUCCGCCAGGAAGCCGAGCGCCUGGGCAAGACCAUCGACCGGCUCAUCGCCGACACGAGCACCAUCAUCACCGAGGCGCGCAUCUACGUGGCCAACGGGGACCUGUUCGGACUGAUGGACGAGGAGGACGACGGCAGCCGCAUCCGGGAGCACGAGCUGCUCUAUCGCAUCAACGCGCAGAUGAAGGCCUUCCGCAAGGAGCUGCAGACGUUCAUCGACCGCCUCGAGGUGCCCAAGUCCGCAGACGACCGCGGCGCCGAGGAGCCCAUAUCCGUGAGUCAGAUGUUCCAGCCUAUCAUUUUACUUAUUCUCAUUCUUGUAUUAUUUUCAUCACUUUCUUACACAACAAUAUUUAAACUUGUCUUUCUUUUUACACUGUUUUUUGUACUGUAAAUCUUUCAUCAUUUACCAUUCAUUGUAGUAUUUUCAGUUUGUUUAUUUUGUUCACCCUUCAAGACAAGAAGUAAAAGAAGUAUAAUUUCCGUAGUAACCAAUGCUCUAAAAACACUGAAGACUGCUUAUUUCUUUAAAAAGAUACAACUCUUCUGACCACUACCAAAUUCAAUAAGAAGCCCAAGCCCAAAUAUUACAGGUAAGGAAGUGUGACUUCCUUUUUUUCUCUUAUAGUGUAAAUUACUUCAAUUUCUCUUAUCCUCCCAUUUCAUCUGGAUUUGUACUCUUCCUGGUAAAUAACACACUGACACUGUCAAAAUUACUAACUCUCUCAUAAUUAUUUCUAAAUCAUUUAUCAUUGUGAUUAUUCAGAAGCUGGACAUUCACAAGUUGAUCAUAUCCCCCAAAAUUAUAUACAUAUGUAAAACACCUUUGCUAGAUUGUAUCAGUCUUACAAGAUCAU